AUGAACGGGGUUACGAAUGGUAACUCGCAAUGCAAACAAGUACUCUUCUUCGAUAUCGACAAUUGUCUCUACCCGAAGAGCGCAAGAGUGCACGACCUCAUGGCCGACCGGAUCAAUGCCUACUUCGAACAGCAUCUGAACCUGGCCCGAGAGGAAGCCGUGAGACUCCACAGCCAGUACUAUCAAAAUUAUGGCCUCGCCAUCGCUGGGCUCAUUCGACACCACAAGAUCGAUCCUCUGGACUUCAACGCCAAGGUCGACGACGCGCUUCCCCUCGAGGGUGUGAUCAGGCCUCGGCCUGGGCUGAAAAAGAUGCUCGCGGAUAUAGACAGAAGCAAGGUCAAGCUGUGGCUCUUCACGAAUGCUUACGUAAACCACGCGCGCCGCGUCGUCCGCCUGCUGGGCGUGGAGGAGUUUUUUGAUGGCGUCACGUAUUGUGACUACGCCUCUGAGCCGUUCGUGUGUAAACCGGACCGGGACAUGUACACCAAGGCGAUGAGGGAGGCGGGCGUCGAGCGGUGUAAGGAUUGCUUCUUUGUUGACGACUCAUACAGCAACUGCAAGGCGGCGCAGGAGCUUGGGUGGACCGCAGCUCAUCUUGUGGAGGACAGUGCGUGCGUGCCCAGGGUGGUUGCUUCCAAGCACCAAAUCAAUCACAUCGAAGAACUGCGGAGUACCUUUCCUCAAUUUUUCAGGAUGUGUGAGAAGGUUUAG